GCAGAGCUGAGCCAUAUUUAAACAGCUGCAGCAAAAGUAGUACAGAAUUUUGUGAGAAUGCAAAAGAAGGGAAAACUGAAGCUGCUAUUAAAAACUUCAGUCCAUACUACAGUCGGCAGUACUCAGUGGCUUUCUGCAACCAUGUACGCAGUGAAGUAGAGCAACAAAGAGAUCCAACAUCACAAUUUUUGAAGACCAAGGCCCCACUGGAACCUGGAACUGUGUUAUAUGAAGCAGAGCUCUCACAGUUUGCAGAAGACAUAAAGAAAUGGAAGGACAGAUAUGUUGUGGUUAAAAAUGAUUUUUCUGUGGAAAGCUAUGAGAACAAAGAGGCCUAUCAAAAAGGAGCUGCUCCUAAAAGCCGAAUUCUUCCAGCUGGCGGCAAGGUGCUAACCUCAGAAGAUGAAUAUAAUCUAUUAUCUGACAAGCAUUUCCCAGAUCCCAUUGCUUCCAGUGAGAAGGAGAACGCUCAGCCUUUUGUGGCCUUGCCAAAGGCCUUCCCGGUGUACCUGUGGCAGCCCUUCCUGAGACACGGCUACUUCUGCUUCCAUGAGGCUGCUGACCAGAAGAAGUUCAGCACGCUCCUGAGUGACUGCGUCAGACACCUGAACCACGAUUACAUGAAACAGACGACAUUUGAAGCCCAAGCCUUUUUAGAAGCUGUUCAGUUCUUCCGACAGGAGAAGGGUCAUUACGGCUCGUGGGAAAUGAUCACUGGGGAUGAAAUCCAGGUCCUGAGUAACUUGGUGAUGGAGGAGCUCCUGCCAACCCUUCAGACAGACCUGCUGCCUAAAAUGAAGGGCAAGAAAAAUGACAGAAAGAGGGCCUGGUUUGGUCUCCUGGAAGAAGCCUACAACCUGGUUCAGCAACAAGUUUCAGAAGGAUUAAGUGCGUUGAAGGAGGAAUGCAGAACCCUGACAAAGGGCCUGGAAGGAACAAUUCGUUCAGACAUGGAUCAAAUUGUGAAUUCAAAGAACUUUUUAAUUGGAAAGAUCAAAGCAAUGGUGGCCCAGCCAGCGGAGAAAACCUGUGGGGAAAGUGUGCAACCAUUCCUGGCAUCCAUUCUGGAGGAGCUCAUGGGGCCCAUGAGCUCAGGGUUCAGUGAAGUACGCUCACUUUUUGAAAAAGAAGUGGAUGAACUCAGCCAGAGCUUUCAGACCACCAAGGACAGCAUUCAGCUAAAGGAGCAUCUGGACCAGCUUAUGAAUCUGCCACUAGAUUCUGUGAAGAUGGAACCUUGCUACACUAAGGUCAACCUGCUUCAAGAGGGCCUGCAGGAUCUCAAGAGCCGCUUCAGAUUCCCACACGUUGACCUGGUGGUCCAGAGGACACAGAACUACAUGCAGGAGCUAAUGGAGAAUGCAGUGUUCACUUUCGAGCAGUUGCUCUUCCCGCAUCUCCAGGGAGAGGCCUCCAGAACUGCUGCUGCCAUUGAGAAGGUGAAGCUCCGAGUCCUGAAGCAAUAUGAUUAUGACAGCAGCACCAUCCGGAAGAAGAUUUUUCAGGAGGCACUGGUUCAAAUCACGCUUCCCACUAUGCAGAAGGCAUUGGCAUCCACAUGCAAACCAGAGCUUCAGAAAUAUGAGCAGUUCAUUUUUGCAGAUCAUACCAAUAUGAUCCACGUUGAAAAUGUCUAUGAAGAGAUUUUAUAUCAGAUUCUCCUUGAUGAAACUCUGAAAGUGAUACAGGAGGCUGCCAUCCUGAAAAAGCACAAUUUAUUUGAAGACAACAUGGCCUUGCCUAGUGAAAGUGUGUCCAGCUUAACAGAUCUAAAACCCGCCAUUGGAUCAAACCAGGCCAGCCCUGCCAGGAUGGUGUCUGCCACUCUGGCUGGAGCUCCAGAUAGUGAGACCCCAAGUAACGAAGUGUUCCAAGAGUCAGAGGAAAAGCAGCAGCUGGGGGAUCCCACUUUAUUGGCCAAACAAGAAAGCCCUUCUUUCCUUGAGCCCAGCUCUGCCCUAGGUGGGGAGGGGCAGGCAACUGUCUCAAGUACUGAUGACCCUGCUGUGACUCCUAUGGCUGAGGAAGACACGGAAGAAACCCCGGGUGUACGCUCAGAAUUGGGAAGGGCCACCAAGAACGAAGAACCCGCCCGUGAAAAGCCAGGCUCCACGUCUGCCUCAGGAUCCUUGAAGGAGCUCAGAGAGCUGUUGGUGGUGACUGCUGAAGAGCCAGUGGAGUCUGCUGCGGUGAUUGAAAAAGACACAGAGGAGGAGGCACUUAUUCUUCAAGAAAAUGAAAAAGAAGAGGAAAAAACCCAAAUCAACACAGAGGCCGAGCAGGCAGCUGCCCCCCAGGAGGAUAGCUGUGAAGAAAGUGAAGUCAGUGAGAGGAAGGCCCAGUCUCCUCCUCCAGACGCUGAGGCCCCCGGGGUAGACCCGGGGACACUCCCUGAGGUGAGCAGCCCUGCUUCUCAGCCAGCCUGUGACGGGCUCACCAGAGAUCUCAUCGAGGACGCCAGCUGCCCAGGCCUCACAGCCGAGCCAGCAGAGGCCACAGAACCCCGCGAGGAGGAGCUGGCAGUGAGGGCUGCCACACCGGGUGCCCAUGAAGAAGAGGCCACUGGGAGCGCUGCAGAGGGCCAGGCCAUGCGGCAAGAAGGUUGCACUUUCCAUUCUGACCCCGUUUGCCCCGGGGAGAGUCAGCUUCCUGAGGAACAAGAAGUGAUGGGAGGGAAGAGCGUCGCCACACCAGCUGUGACCAGCGUGGACACUGAGGCAGGGAAGCCUGGGUGUCAGUGGGUGGUCGAGAGUGCUCCAAACACAGAUGUCCUAGAUUCACUUCAAGAUGAUGUGAAGGAGGGAGAAGUUUGCCAGGAGAGCUCCCCAGAGCAGCCCUCGGAGGAGUGAGAGGCACAGUUUGGCAAGUCUUUCUUUGAACAGAUUCAAAGGGUUGUGGUUAUGGGUAUAUGUGGGAAUCGCAUGUGAGUUAUCUGAAAAAUUAUGAAAUAUUUCUUUAAGUUGAAUAAUAAAGCCAAAGGAAAUGCACACAGGCUACCAGCACAGAGGCCAACCUUUGUGGAAUCGAACUGCUCCACCUUGACUUUCUGCUUUAGCAUUUUCAUAGGAAUCACAAAGGCACUGGAGUGUUGGGGUGAGGCUGAAGGGGCCAAGAGGGGCAGCAGUGUUGCCACAGAGGCCGAAAGCAGCAGGAGCCCAGUUCUCUAUACUCCACACCUUUGGGCGGUACAGUUUUCUACCACACUUUAAGGAUUUUUAACUUUUAGUAAGAAUGCAAAAGUAUACUGUAAUUUCAGCCUUACUAUUUACUCUGUCAACUUCCCCGCCCUUAAGGGCUCAGCAUUUGUCCCUCCACAGGCUGCAAGGUCACCAGUCACAGUCACCCCUCCUGUGUGCAGCACUGGUGCUCAGUGGUAGGUCUCAGGAGACGCUGAGCAGGAACAAAGGAAGGAAGAUUGUAGUCUAUGGGACUGUAUGAGCCUGUUACUAAUUCUGCUAUCGGUUUCUUGUUAACUAAUUGUGUUGAUUUUUAUCAAUUAGCCACUUUUUAAGGAAAUUCAGAUGAGGCAAGGAAAUUGUAUUGGCAAGCAUAAGCCUGAGAGCAUUCCAAAUUAGCUUUAGACUGUGCAAAGAGCGCAGCUAAAUUACCAAGCUUAAAGCUACAAUUAAACAACCAUUAUUUGAACAGCUACUGCAUGCCACACACUGUUAGGUAUAAUAAUAAUAAUAAUAAUAAUAAUAAUAAUAAUAAUAAUAAUAAAGGUGAUUUGUCUUGUAUAAGUUAAAAGGCCCAUGAGAAUUUAGUCUAGAAGAAGAAAUCAUGCCAAUUUUCAAACAUGAUAGCUUUCUCUUUUUCCAUUCAAACAAUCCUGGGUUAUUCUAGGAUGGGGAAUGAAUGAACCCAAAAGCAUAGAUCACCAAGUUACAAAUGUCACCAGAAUUAGAAAUCAUUUGUUUGGUCGUUCAGCACAUUAAUUGAAUCCCUGUUAGGUACCAACCACUGGUGAUACCCUGUAUGAGAAGGGCGCUAUUCUUUUCUUUCUGAAAGGAACAGAAAGAAAUGUAUCUUCUAAAUGGAUAGUGAACUAUAACUGUUAAUAUUAAAAAUGGAGUGGACUUACUUGCACAAAUCUACAAAAAAGAUUGUUCUGUUCUUCUUUAGAAAAAUACUAGAUUAUUCCCUAAGAGUUUGUUUACUGUAUCUCGAAGCUUCCUUCAACAAUUUCAGUAUUACAUUCCAAAAUAUUACAUAAGGGCUUGUUUUGAUUAUCACCAAGUACAUUUAAUACAUCAAGCACAUCAGUUCUUUAGAGAAUUUGUUCUCUAGAGUUCAGCCAUUUAAUCGGGAAAUAAAAUAUUUCCUCCCAUGAUCUCAAGAAGAAUGUCUUGGAUAUCUAAGUCAUAAAGGAUUAAUAAUAGGAUCAGUAUAGUUUCAUAUUGAAGAACCUUAACUUUUCUUAGUGUUUGGACCCUGAGGUGCUUGAGGGAUCCCAUCAUAAUUAAGGAAGGUAGAGAUCAUUUCUCCCUUGGUUGCUGCUCAGCCAGUACACACUCACAUCCUGGCAUUUACCGUGGUGUAUUGAAAUUAUGUUUACUUCCUGACCCUCCUAGAAGGUCCUCUCGUCAAAGGACUGAAAUUCAGCCUUAGUCAUAAUUUGUGCUUUCUGCUGAAACUCUACAUCCUUGAGUUAUGGCUUCCUGCCCGGCAAGUAACUUUAAUAUCCCCAGUGUGUAACACUGGAACUGGUGCAGGAGGUGCUCAGGAAAUGCAGGAUCUGAACACCUGGCACACUGCUAUGCAGGGGCUACCUGCAGCUUGCUGUUAGGCAGGGAGAUGGUUUCAUUUAGGCUUUCUGCCCUUGUUGAAUCUUCCCUUAAAUAAAGUUCAGAGUCCAAAAGACAAAUGGCCAGAUGGCCAGAGGCACUGCCCAGCAAGACAGGCAGCCAAAGAAGCAGUCUCCAGCCCCACAAGGCCUGCUCUUCUCUCUGGGAGAACUGUGGAUACGUGGAGCCCCAGCUCAGGCCAGCCCUACCCCAGAGCAUUCCCAGCCUCCUCCCUUUGCUCGCCUCAAGGCUUCUUGCAUUCCAGGAGCCCUUCCAAUCCUAAGAGAGUUCAUUUCACUGCAUUAGAUGGAUGAACAUUAGUACCUUUCCUUUGUCCAUCCUGAAACUAGGCACUAAGUAGCAGAACAUGUUGGAAAACACAAUCAAGAACUUUUGCUAGAUAUAUUUCACAAAAACAAGCGCUUUCAUAUGAGCAGGACUAUUGUUACAUUUGAAAAUGGAAUAGAAACUGAAGUGCAUUGAAAUAUUCUAUAUCUGUGUUACUAUGCUGAAGGGGUAACUUCAUGUUAUCACGCCUUUGCCUUAUUUCUCAUACAGAUCUGUGUGUUUUGCUUUAGUGGUUUCCAGGCGAGCAAGGCCAUUAUGAUUUGAAAUGGGCAGCAUGAAAAGUCGCUGUGCUCUGCUCUGGGGAUCUCUGCUAUGGGCAAAGCCUUCAGACAUGCAUAAAACCUCAAGAUAUGCUUAGAAAAAAAAAUGACUUUAAACCAAGCUGUGUUAUUACUGGCCUUUCACAAAGAAAGAAUAUUUUCCUUAAAAAAAUGGUUUCUCAAGUUUUCCUGUUUUGCUUGGAGCAGACAGUAGUACCUUGCAGUAUGCACAGUAAACUCUCUCACUUUUUAAAAACUAUUUUGGAGAUUGAGGAUAAGAUUCCAUUUUAUCGAAAAGCUUUGUGAAGAGGCUGUAUGUGGGGCUGGGGAUGUAGCUCCUGGCACCAAGCCUGUGCAAGGUCCUGAGUUCAAUCCCUGGUACAAAAAUAAAAGAGGCUAUAUGUGAAGAACUGAAGAUCUUUAGGUAUGAUACUCUACAUCUUAUUAAAGAAUUCACAAGUCUGGUUUUGUAAUUCUCCAGAUGACAGGCAGUGAUUUCAGAGGGUUUUUACCAUUCCUUCAGAGAGAAAAAAAAAAGUGAUUUUUAAUUCAUUAGAAAAAGUGCUCAAUGGCCAGUGGUUCUGGCUUAGUAUUAGAGCACUUGCCUGGCAUGUAUAAAUCCUUUAUUUCAGACAGGCAUCAGUGAUAUGUGCUACAUAACAAUUUUAAUAUGAGGAAGAGAAGGACAUCCCUGACUCAAAAAAUAAUAGUUACACUGAAUAAAAAAGUUGGCAACAUGUGUUUCUACUUUCCCAUAAACAUAUGGGUUUCGGGGUUUUCUUUCUGAAGUCUGCAACUUUAAAAUUUAAAAAAAAAAUCUACAUUGUUUUUACAAUGGUUUAAUUUUUAUGGUCACUAUACAAAACACAUAAACUUAGAAUACUUUGUAACCAUGUAUUUACUCUGCCAAAUGCCUAUAUUCCAAUAAAAUGCUCACCUUAAAGAGCUGU